AGGUCCUUAAAAAUUUAGUCACUCUCUCUCCUACGUUUUCUCUCAAACCCCAAAAGGAAAUUACAAACAAAGGAAGAAGUAUGUUGAGAUUAUUCACAAGCUGUUCACGAAAGAGACAGCCAAAACAAACUCCGGCAGCCACCCAACUCAAACCAAGGUCCAACUCUUCGACUUAUUCGAAGCACCCCCGACCGAACCUGGAAGAGAUCAAAUGGGUGUUUGACAAGUUCGACAAGGAUCGAGAUGGGAAGAUCUCGUUCGAGGAGUACAAGGCCGCGCAUAGAGCCAUGGCGGGAAACAAAGAGAUCUCGGAAGCCGAAGCUGCGAAGUCGUUUGGGUUCGUGGACGGGGAUGGGGAUGGGUAUGUGGACUUGAAGGAGUUUGUGGAGCUCUAUGCCACGAAUGGUGGAGAGGUUCGGGUUGGGGAUAUCGAGAGUGCUUUCAAAGUGUACGAUUCGAACGGAGACGGGAAGAUAAGCGCGGAGGAGGUGAUGGGGAUCAUGAAGGUGCUCGGGGAGAGCACGAACUUGACCGUGUGUAGGGCAAUGGUGAAGGGUGUGGAUGGAGAUGGGGAUGGCUUCAUUGAUAUCAAGGAGUUUGCAAAGUUGAUGGGUUCAUAUUCGCUUAAGUUUUAGAAUUGGAAGGGAUCUCUUUUAGUGUUUUUUAGCGUUGAUCAUAUGCAAGUAGUUGUGAAAGGUGUGGAGGUGAUGUGGGUGAAUAUGAAUAUGUAAUAGAAUUUGUGUUUUAGAAUUUUUGUGUAGCUAAGAGAGUUGUCUCUGGAGAUCAAUUGGGAGAGAUGAAUUGGUGGGAGAAGAACAAUAAUCGCACUUACAUUGAGAUUAAAAAUAUUAAUGUUCUUGUUUCGAUACAACAAUAUUUUGACGAAUCUUAGGAAUUAA